AUGCCUGAUGACGGCGGCAUUGAAUAUUUCAAUACAAUAGUCGUUCAGCCCCAUCUGAAAUUAGUCACAAAUCAAGGCAAAGGAUUUCACAUCAGAUGCCGUUACGCGACCAGAAAUAAUUCAGCCUACAAUGAGGCUCUAAAAAUGGAUCCAACCAAUUCACCUUCGAAUCCUGUAACGGCAAUGGCUACCAUGCCCGGGUGCAGCAUGAAGAUUUAUUCCGGAGAGCCAUCCGAUCAUUUGGUGGCAGAAAACGUAAAGAUAGGAGAUCCUCUGAGCUUGGUUGUGGCCAUAGACGAGCAGGAUUUAUAUGGAAUACGGGUUACAGAUUGUGUAGUAAAGGAUGGUCUGGGAUGGGGCGAACAAAAACUGAUCGACUCAGAUGGCUGUCCAACCGAUCCAGAAAUAAUGGGGAUUUUGUUGCAUAAUAACCAGCCCACAUAUCGAUCCAGGUCCCCAUUUACCGUAGACUCAAUUGUCGAUUCGUCAUCUCCACUAUAA